AUGAGUGGAUCUGGAAAAGGGUUACUCGGCUUGUGGUUGUAUAGAAACGGUUCAGAUUGGCAGCUUAAGGAUGAGGCACAUCAUCCUAAGCUUGAAGAUACUCAUCGUCAUGUUCCUCAUCCUCACGAGGGAGAGAGGAUUUCCGUAAUUUUUACUCUAAAAAACCAAGUGGGAGGCCUCGUAAAAGUUCUAUCGGUCUUCCAAGAUUUAGGAAUAAACGUGCUUCAUAUUGAAUCCAGGAAAUCUAUGACGGAGAUAUCCGCUUCUGAUAUUUUGGUCGAUGUUGAAUGUGAUCCUCAUAGAAUGGAGCAAUUAAAGCGAAUGCUCAAACGGGAAGUACAAGAAUUCGAAGUAGUUGCUCCACAGAUGGGCGAGGACUUUGCACCACCAACACCACUAUCGGCAGCUGCUAGUUUUGAUUUUGGCGAAAUGCCGUGGUUUCCACGAAAAAUUUCAGAUUUGGAUCGUGCUCAAAACGUACUCAUGUAUGGAUCGGAAUUAGAUGCCGAUCAUCCAGGAUUCAAAGAUCCGAUCUACAGGAAACGCCGAGAGCACUUUGCUGCUAUUGCUAAUAAUUAUAAAUAUGGUCAACCCAUACCAAGAGUACAAUACACGGAGACAGAGAUCAAAACUUGGGGGAUCGUCUUUCGCGAAUUACACAAACUGUACCAGAAACACGCUUGCGUUGAAUAUUUAGAAAAUUGGCCGCAACUUGUUAAAUAUUGCGGUUACAGGGAAGACAACUUACCUCAGCUGGAAGAUGUGAGCAUAUUUCUAAAACGUAAAACUGGAUUUCAAUUGCGUCCCGUUGCUGGGUAUCUAUCGCCAAGGGAUUUCCUAUCCGGUCUAGCUUUCCGCGUUUUUCAUUGCACGCAGUAUAUACGUCAUUCCUCCGACCCCUUUUAUACACCGGAACCUGACUGUUGUCAUGAGCUGCUCGGCCACAUGCCCCUAUUGGCCAAUCCAAGUUUUGCUCAGUUCUCUCAAGAACUCGGACUUGCUUCGCUUGGGGCAUCUGAUGAUGAUAUUGAUAAAUUGGCAACGUUGUAUUUCUUUACUGUGGAGUUUGGGCUAUGUCGCCAAUCGGAUGGUUCAUUCCGUGUGUACGGUGCGGGCUUGCUGUCAUCUGUUGCAGAAUUGCAACAUGCUUUGGCUACCCCAGAAAAAAUAAAGCGCUUCGAUCCCGACGUGACUGUUAAUGAAGAGUGUAUUAUUACAUCAUAUCAAAAUGCAUAUUACUAUACCGAUUCUUUUGAGGAAGCUAAGGAAAAAAUGAGAUCCUUUGCCGAAAGUAUCCAACGUCCGUUCGGAGUCCGAUAUAACCCAUACACACAAAGCGUCGAAGUACUGAGCAACGCGCAAAAGAUAACAGCUUUAGUUCGUGAAUUACGCGGAGACAUAUGUAUUGUUUCUUCGGCGAUUAAAAAGAUUUCUGCUCAGGACUCUACACUUGAUGUGGAAACGAUUGCUAAUAUGUUACAUACUGGACUCCAGGUUAACGAAAGAAGUCCGCAAAGCACAUCUGGAGGAAGUUCGCCGAACUCUGAACAAGGCAAUUCUUUAAAAAAUGAAUCAUUUAAAUAA